AUGGCGGCCGCGGCGCUGGGGGCGGCCCGGCGCGCGCUGCGCCGCGCGAGCGGGCUCCUGGCGGCGCGGCCGACGCAGACGGGGGCCGCGCGGCGGCGGGCCUCCCUGCUGUCCUUCUGGGGACUCGUGCCCACGAGAGCAGAGCCUCUGCGGAAGAAGAAGAAGGUGGACCCCAAGAAAGACCAGGCAGCGAAGGAGCGCCUGAAAAAGAGGAUCCGGCGACUGGAGAAGGCGACCCAGGAGCUGAUUCCCAUUGAGGACUUUAUCACCCCGGUCAAGUUCUUGAAUCAGGCAAGGCAGCGGCCGCCGGUGGAGCUCCCCUUUGAGGAGAGCGAGCGGAGAGCCCUUCUCCUGAAGAAGUGGUCACUGUACAAGCAGCGUGAGCACGAGCUGGAGAGGGCCGCUAUCGCGUCCCUGCUCGAGGCCCAGCGGGAAGCUCUGCGGGAGCUGGAGCUCACGGCCCCGGAGCUCCAUGCCGAGGCUACCAAGCGGGACCCCAGCCUGUUUCCUUUCGAGAGACAAGGGCCAGACUACACGCCGCCCAUCGCCAACUACCAGCCCCCAGAAGGCAGGUACCAAGACAUCACCAAGGUGUAUACACAGGUGGAGUUCAAGAAGUAGGGAUGCGGGCAGCCAGCCUCGGGACACACUGCCCGGCGGAGCCCACCCCACUGGGCUCCGGCCUGCUGCUGACCGGUCAAGCCUGCUGUGAAUAAACGUGUUGAACCUCG